CUCAAUCGACAACUCACUUCUGGUAAUCUUGACGCUAAGGAACUUGCCAUAGCUCAAGCGGGCCAAGCCAGAGAUUACCCCAAGGGUAUUCCUCAAUGUGGUACCGAUGCUUUGCGCUUUGCGCUUUUGGCCUACACUAGCCAAGGUAGAGACAUCAACCUGGACGUUCUGCGUGUUCAAGGCUAUCGAUUCUUCUGCAAUAAGUUAUGGCAAGCUGUACGGUUCACCCUGAUGCAGCUUGGCAAUGAUUACAAAGCGGAACCUUUUGAGGUCUCUGGGAAAGAAUCGAUUAUGGAUAAGUGGAUUCUUUCGCGCGUUGCUCACGCAGUAGAGCGCUGCAAUACCGAUUUGGAAGCUUACAACUUUACCCAGUAUACCACGACUGUUUAUGACUUCUGGCUCUAUGACUUGUGCGACAUCUACCUUGAAUCUGUUAAACCGGUGAUUUCGUCGGGCAGCGAUGAAGCUCGCAAGGUGGCAAAAGCUACACUUUAUCACUGCGUUGAAACCGGUUUGAGAUUAAUCAGCCCAGCCAUGCCAUUUUUAUCCGAGGAGCUUUGGCAACACCUUCCUCGAUUAGACUCGCAUCCUCCAUCCAUAAUUGUGCACGCUUAUCCUGAAACUUCGGAGUAUCCUUACACAAAUGAGAAGAUUGAAGCUGACGUCGCUUUCGCAAUGAGCGUUAUAAGAACAGUUCGAUCGUUACGUUCAGACUAUGAACUGACAAAUAAAACCAAAACUGAUUUAUAUGCUUCUGUUACUGACGAAGAGGACAAGCGCUGUUUGGUAUCUCUCAUCCCUUUGAUUGAAACUCUAGCUUCAAGCAAUAAGGUAGAAGUUUUACUGCAGUCCAGUAUCACUCCGGAAAGUAUUCCCAGUGGAUGUGCCCAUGUUACCAUCUCAUCUAGAUGCAGUGUGGAUAUCGGGCUCCAGGGUAUCAUUAACGUUGAAAGAGAGCUUGUUAAAUUAUCGGGUAAGAAAGAAAAAAUCGAGGCAUCUAUAGCGAAAUUGGUUGAGCAAGAAAACCGUCCCGAUUAUGAAGAAAAAGUGCCUCUACCUGUGCGCGUUAAUAACACAGAGAAGAAGGAAGCGUUACUAGUCGAGAAGAAGAGCAUCGAAGCUGCUAUGACUGCUUUGAGCGGUUAA